GAAACCUUUCUUCUUCUGCGGCGGAUUUGCUCACAAGAGAAUCAAAGACAUUAGUCUUGUGAAAGAUGAGUUUAAUAUCACAAAAUAUUCCCAGCCACAAGACUAAAAGAUUGGAGGUUUAUGAGCCUUCAUUUCUGCAAGGGAAUGAAGAUAGCACGGAUGGAAAAGAAUCUCAUUUAGAGAUCAUGAGGAUGACACAGAGAAAGAAAGCACGUAAAGGAGAGGAUGAGACGGUGGCAGUUGAGCAAGAAAAGGAAAUGAAGAAGCUGGAGAACUUUUUGUUUGGAUCAAUUUAUUCCCCAGUUGAGUUUGGGAAGGAGGAUGAGGAAGAAGCUGUAGACGAGGUCGGUAAAGGCUCUGCUUUAUUCUUUGUUGACCGUUCUGCAACUAUUGUGCAACCUGGUGAUGAAUAUGAUGCAGAAUUAUCAGAAGAGGAUAUGAAGCAAAGGAAACCUGUGUGGAUGGAUGAGGAAGAGGAAAAGGCCAACAUUAAUAUUUCUAAGGUUAAUAGAUUGAGGAAGCUGAGAAAGGAAGAGGAUGAAAGUUUCAUUUCUGGUUCUGAGUAUGUUUUACGAUUAAGAGCUCAACAUGCUAAGCUGAAUCCAGGUACAGAAUGGUCUCAACUUGAUUCACAAAUGAGGAACAAUAGAUACUCUGAUGAUGAAUCCUCUGAUGAAGAGAAUGGCUUAGUAGUGCCACGUGGUUACAAGGAGAUUGGAGCUGCCGAUGAUCUCCUUCGUACAAAUGAGGAUCUUGUUGUGAAGAGCAGCGGAAAGUUACUGCCUGGACUUCUUGAAUAUUCAACACUUGUGGAUGCAAAUGCAGAGGAACCUUGUAAUGGCCCAAUAAAUUCGGUGCAAUUUCAUAGAAAUGCUCAGUUGCUUCUUGCUGCUGGAUUGGAUCGAAGGCUUAGAUUUUUUCAGAUUGAUGGCAAACGAAAUACUAAGAUAGAAAGCAUUUUCAUUGAAGACUGUCCCAUACGGAAGGCAGCUUUUGUGCCUGAUGGGUCUCAGGUUAUUAUAGCUGGAAGGAGGAAGUUCUUUUAUAGUUUUGAUUUAGUGAAGGCAAAAGUUGAUAAAAUAGGUCCCCUAGUUGGUAGAGAAGAGAAAAGCUUGGAAGUUUUUGAGGUUUCCCCUGAUUCUAGUACGAUCGCAUUCGUGGGAAAUGAAGGUUAUAUCUUAUUGGUUUCCACUAAAACAAAGGAAUUGAUUGGGACACUCAAGAUGAAUGGAACAGUUCGCUCUUUAGCUUUUUCUAAUGAUGGGAAUCAACUAUUGAGCUCUGGUGGAGAUGGACAGGUUUACCACUGGGAUCUGAGAACAGGGGCCUGCUUCCACAAAAUGGUUGAUGAAGGGUGUAUCAAUGGUACAUCCCUUUGUACAUCUCCAAAUGGAUCCUUGUUUGCUGCUGGUUCAGACAGUGGGAUUGUUAAUAUUUAUAACAGAGAUGAGGUUUUAGGAGGCAAAAGAAAACCGAUCAAGACUAUAGAGAAUCUUACAACCAAAGUAGAUUUUAUGAAGUUCAAUAGUGAUGCUCAAAUAUUAGCUAUUUGUUCAAGCAUGAAGAAGAACAGCUUGAAGUUGGUUCAUGUUCCAUCAUAUACUGUAUUUUCCAACUGGCCACCCCAAAGGCAGGUCUUACACUAUCCCCGCUGUUUGGAUUUUAGUCCUGGUGGAGGUUUCAUGGCUGUGGGCAAUGCUGCGGGAAAAGUAUUAUUAUACAAGUUGCAUCACUACCAUCACGCAUAGAACAAAGGUUAUGAACUCACCAAACAAGACGCUGUUGUAUUAUUGAAGUUUUGGUUGCUAGCUUUCCUGACAGUUCCAUAUUUAAGGUGGUCUGGAAAGACAGUUCAGUUUGUGAUUCAAUAUGAUAGUUGCGAGCAUUGUGAUUGUUUCCUGUUACAAAAAACUUAUGCUGUUUUGACCUCCAAUCUUUUUUGGCUUAAUGUUGUAUCAAAAUUGACAUUAAAAUUGUUUGGCAAGGUUUACAGAUUCCGUGUAAUUACUUUUCAUUGAAAUACCUUUUUUCUUUAUUUUCUUAUAGAAUAUCGUUGACUU